AUGACGCCCAAUCUGUCCAACUCCAAUACGCUCAUCGCCAUUUCGAACCCCGUCAGCCCGACAGUCGACAUCAUUGCUGUGCAUGGAAUCAACCUUUGGGGCAAUGAGACACAUGCGGAGAAUACAUGGACGCACGACGAAACUGGGGUGAACUGGCUACGGACCCUGCUGCCCGAAAGGCUUCCUGAAGCAAGGGUCCUGGCUUUUCAGUACAACGCGAACGUUAUGUUUGGCAGCUCAACGGCUGGCGUCCGAGAGCAAGCAAUUAACCUGCUGGGGUGUCUCAAGGCGGUUCGCAAGGAAAACGAAUCGAGGCCCAUCAUCUUCAUCGCCCAUACCAUGGGUGGGAUUAUUGUCAAGGAAGCUUUGGUCACCGCGUGGCAAGAACAUCGCGCAAACCCCAUGAUUGGGGUUUCUACAUAUCACAUCUUCUUCCUUGCUGUGCCGCACAAAGGCUCCGACCACGCUUCGUGGGGGCAAAUUGUCGCUGACAUCUAUCGAACCAUGACCAUUCAACCGAACAAUUCCUUACUGGAGCGUUUGAAGCGGGCACCAAGCGACAAUGAGGACCUCAAUGCCAGAUUUAAACGUCUUCACGAAGCGUACAAGUUCUACAGCUGCGUUGAGAGUUUGCCGUACCAGGGACUGCCAGGACUGCCAGGAUUGGGUAUCAUUGUCCAGAAGGACUCCGCCACCCUUGGGUUGUCGGCGAGCAAAGAGACAGUUCGGACUGCGAAUCGUGACCAUAGAGGCAUUUGCAAAUUUUCUGGUGCCGACGAUCCAGAGUGGACGUUUCUAUCGGCGCAGAUCGUCCAAGCAGCGCAAGGAGCAGCCACUAGAUGCCACCCCACGCCGACCAUGCACUAUCGCCAAGCUAUGUUCGAUGACCUGGAACUCCAGGAUGCAGACGAACAAAUUCCUUCCCUCCAUGAAGCAAGCGAUGAAGCUCGACGGACCCUUGACCGGGGAGAUGACCUCUUUGGCAAGCUUAAGAGAAAAAGACGUGGAGAGAUUGCUCAGGCCGGACAAGAGCUUUUCUCGCUCGCCUCUCUUUUGCUAAUGACUCUCGCCCCGAUCUUCAGCUUCCUCACAAAAGAGGAGGCUCUGGAUGGUGCUCGCAAGGCUCUAGAAGCCGAAGACAAGAUCAUGGAAGUCGAGGCAUGGGCGAUCGACCGGCUUAACGAGCACCAGCGUGAAAUGCUCCGGGCCGGUAAUAUGCUCCAGCGCGCUAUUAGCUCUCAGAGCCACAGACAACCCGAGGAAACAAGUGACUGGAAAUUGGAUGUCAGCAGGCUGCAGAGCAAGCUCGUGAAGGAAAUGGAGGCCACCAUGGCUGAGAUUCACGGUUCUCACCAAAGGCACAACAGAGCGAAGGCUGAGAAAGAAGGGAUGGAAGUAGCACUUGCGGAGAUUGCCAACAAGGACCACACAGAAUUCUGGCUUGCAACGGCUGAAAGAUUAGGGAGGCUAAGGCCACACAACAGGAAGCCCCGGAAGAUGCUAGUGGUGGAUGGUGCCCCAAUGGCUGUACAAUCCUGUAACAUGUGGUAA